AUGGCGGCGCUGCAGGAGAAGAAGUCAUGCAGCCAGCGGAUGGAGGAGUUUCAGCGCUACUGCUGGAACCCGGACACCGGGCAGAUGCUGGGCCGGACGCUGUCGCGGUGGGUUUGGAUCAGCCUCUACUACGUGGCCUUCUACGUGGUGAUGACCGCAAUCUUUGCUCUGUGCAUUUACACACUCAUGUGCACAAUCGACCCGUACACACCUGACUACCAAGACCAGCUAAAGUCACCAGGGGUGACCUUGAGGCCAGAUGUCUACGGGGACAAGGGCCUGGACAUUUCCUACAAUGUUUCCGACAACAGGACCUGGGUGGACCUCGUGCACACCCUCCACACCUUCCUGGCAGGCUACUCGCCAGAGUCCCAGCAGGACAGCAUCAACUGCACCUCCAAUGAGUACUUCUUCCAGGAAAAGUUCAUGGCCCCCAACCACACCAAGUUCUCCUGCAAGUUCACAGCAGACAUGCUGCAAAAUUGCUCAGGGCUGGUGGACCCCAACUUUGGCUUCGCAGAAGGAAGGCCGUGCUUUGUGAUUAAAAUGAACAGGAUCGUCAAGUUCCUCCCCAGCAACAGCACGGCGCCCAGGGUGGACUGCGCCUUCCUGGACCAGCAAAAGGACGCCCAGCCCCUGCAGGUGGAGUACUUCCCACCCAACGGCACCUUCAGCCUCCACUACUUCCCUUACUACGGGAGCAAAGCACAGCCCCACUACAGCAACCCUCUGGUCGCUGUAAAACUUCUCAACGUCCCCAGAAACACGGAGGUCCUCAUCGUGUGCAAGAUCCUGGCCGAUCAUGUAACAUUUGACAACCCCCACGAUCCCUACGAGGGGAAGGUGGAGUUCAAGCUCAAAAUCCAGCAGUAG